AUGCUCGCUAUGCAGAGUCAAGAUGUGUUUGCAGGAGGGUUUGGGAGUCGUUUUGCAUCAUCAAAAUUUGGACAGGACAAUACAGGCUUCAGCCAUGGCGCGUACAGUUCGAACCAGACUCCCUAUCGUGGAGGGUUUGGUGACCGCAACCAACGAAAGUCCUCGAUGCAAGCUACCACGGUCCAAGACCACUCACAGGCAUACAACCCCAACGAGUCAACACCUGCUGGGCCCGCCUUCGAUAUGAAUUUCACCCCGCUGUUGCCUUCCCAACUUUUGCUGGGAAGCCCAUUUCAGCCAGGCUCGCCUGGUUCGUUCGCUUCACCGCAGUUUCCAAGCUUUAGCCGCUUCCCUCAAGGCACAAAUGCUCUGCAUCAACAGACUCAGCAAUAUCAGCAUAAUCAACAACAAGUCCAUCUUGGUAGCCCAACGCAGAUGCAUGCUCAGCCCCUUUCCCCCCAACCAUACCAACAAGUCAUCUCUCCUGAUGCCUACACUUCGCAUUCACCAACUGGUUUUCCGGGCUUGGGAGGCGCCGCAUUUGGUCAUUAUCAGCCAAUGUUGGGCGUGGGUCAACAAUGGAUGUCCAGUACUAGCCGUACUGUUUAUCUGGGAAACAUACCAGCUGAUACUUCUGCCGAAGAGAUAUUGGGCCACGUGCGAAGUGGUCAGAUUGAAUCUGUCCGUCUCUUGCCAGAAAAGAACUGUGCCUUCAUCUCCUUCCUCGACAGCAGCUCGGCCACUCAUUUCCAUUCCGACGCAAUUCUGAAGAAGCUAUCAAUCAGGGGUCAUGAUAUCAAGAUUGGCUGGGGAAAGCCAUCUUCUGUGCCCACCUCUGUUGCCCUCGCUGUUCAACAAUCAGGAGCUUCUCGCAAUGUCUAUCUCGGCAAUCUGCCCGAAGACAUCACUGAGCAGGAGCUCCGCGAAGAUUUGAGCAGGUUCGGACCCAUUGAUACCGUCAAAAUGGUCCGCGAAAAGGCGAUUGCAUUCAUUCACUUCCUAUCUAUUGGUAACGCCAUCAAGGCUGUAGCACAGCUUCCCCAGGACCCCAAGUGGGGACCUCCUCGCCGUGUCUUCUAUGGCAAGGACAGAUGUGCAUACGUUUCCAAAACACAGCAGCAGAAUGCCGCCCAGUAUCUCGGUAUAGCUCCUGGUUACGCCCAUGUUCUCAACGGUGCGGAUCGCGAUCUGAUCUCCAAUGCUCUUGCACAACAAUCUGUCGCCGCUGCUGCUGUGGCCACUACAGCUGGAGGUGUCAACAAUCUUGGAAACCGUACAGUGUAUCUCGGAAACAUCCAUCCUGAGACGACCAUCGAAGAAAUCUGCAAUGUCGUUCGAGGUGGACUUUUGCACCAUAUUCGGUACAUCCCAGACAAGCACAUUUGUUUUGUAACCUUUAUCGACCCUACAUCUGCUGCAUCAUUUUAUGCAUUAAGCAACCUGCAAGGAUUAAUGAUACACAACCGGCGGCUCAAAGUCGGCUGGGGUAAGCACUCUGGAGCACUUCCACCAGCUAUCGCCCUAGCAGUGAGUGGAGGAGCUUCCCGAAAUGUCUACAUUGGUAAUCUCGAUGAGAGUUGGACCGAGGAGCGAUUGAGGCAGGACUUUUCCGAGUACGGUGAAAUCGAGCUGGUCAACACACUGCGGGAGAAGAGCUGUGCUUUUGUCAACUUCACAAACAUCGCAAACGCCAUCAAAGCCAUCGAAGCCGUCAGAGGCCGAGAAGAAUACAAGAGAUUCAAGAUCAACUUCGGUAAGGACCGGUGCGGAAACCCUCCACGCCAGAAUCUGGCCAAUAUCAAUGGCAACCAAGGCAGACCCCACGGCAGCAUGGAUGGCAAUAUUUCUCCCGGGGCGAUGAAUGGAUUUGAGAAUCCAGUGUCACAGUCGGGUUCUAGCCCAACCAAGUCAACCAUUCCACUUGGCCCCAAGGCUUCAAUGGCCCCUCAGGCUCAAGCAAAUGGUCGUCCACAGCAACACAACAUUGGUGCUCCGACGCCCUCCACAAUCUUGAAUGCUGGCAGCCACAACCCGUUGACCAUGUACUUGUCGCAUGUUUCCCAACAACAAGCGCAAGCCGAGCAAGAUUUGCGUGAUGACACAUACUCUUUCGCAACCCUUCAACAGCAACAGAAUCAAGCUUUGGCAACCCAGCAGGCAGCCCUGUACGGAGAAAUGCCAAAUGGUCACAGCGGACUUGAUCUGCCGGGCUCUUCACACGUACCACGACAAAGCAGUAUCAGCGGCGGCUUCGGCACGGCGUCGAACGCACUCAGCAAUGGUACCUCCACUACAAUCGGUGGUCUUCUUGCUCCCACCAACACCGGUCUAGCAGCCACUCGAAGUGCGCAUUCACGAGCUGUGUCGCUGCCUGCGUUCUCGCAGGAGAUUUUUGGUGGGCAGUCUACCCAACAGGGACCAACUUCUUCCCGUGGCUUUGGUGGACAUGCUCCUCAAGGAAGCUUCGGAGGAUUUGGAUCUGCCUUUGGCACUGGCUUCGGAACCAGUGGGUUCAACGGACUCGGCCUGACGAGCGACGGCCGAGGAGGCCUCUCCGGCUGGGCUGAGGAGGAGAUCGGCGCAAAAUAA